UUCAAGCACUUGAAGCUGAAUUCCAUGGCCUCCAUCUCCUCCAUUGCUAAAAGCCAAAGGCUCGAAGGAAAAGUAGCCAUCAUAACAGGGGGCGCUAGUGGAAUUGGUGAAGCUGCGACAAGACUUUUCAUCAAACAUGGUGCAAAAGUAGUGAUUGCGGACGUCCAAGACGAUCUUGGCCAAUCCAUCAUUGAAGAAAUAGGCGAAAAUGGAGUUGCUUCCUACACACACUGCGAUGUGAAAGUUGAAAAAGAUGUCGAAAAUGCAGUGAACAUGGCAGUUUCCAACUACGGCAAACUUGACAUUAUGUUCAGUAAUGCUGGAAUUCCAGGGAAAUUAGUUUCCACCAUCCUGAAAUCCGACUACGAGGAUUUCAAAAGCGUAUUCGACGUGAACGUCUUCGGGGCAUUAAUGUGUGCCAAACACGCGGCUCGUGUGAUGAUUCCAGCCAAAAAAGGCAGCAUAAUUUUCACUUCUAGCGUCGCCUCGGUCACCUAUGGCGAUGUGUCGCACACGUAUUCGGCAUCGAAGCACGCGAUAGUGGGGCUAGCCAAGAAUUUGGGUGUUGAAUUGGGACAACAUGGAAUUAGAGUGAAUUGUGUUUCACCAUUUGGUGUGGGAACUCCUACGUUGAGGAGUUGUCUAGGAAUUAAGGAGAAGGAAAAGGUUGAGGAAUUUGUGUCUGAAAUUGCAAACCUUAAAGGGACAAUCUUGGAGGCUGAGGAUGUUGCAGAAGCAGCAUUGUACCUUGCUAGUGAUGAAUCCAAAUAUAUAAGUGGGAUGAAUCUUGUGAUUGAUGGUGGAUAUAGUACUACUAAUAUUGCUCUCAAAGAAGGCAUUAUGAGGUUGCGUUCUUGAAUGAAUAAAAUUUCGUUUAGACCAAAAGUUUGGGACUUUUAGUCUUUACACAUCUUGUUUGGAUGGUUUUUAGUUGUUACUUGUUCCCCAUUGUAUUGUAUUGUCACUUUAGGUGGUUGUUACUUGUUAAUGCCACUUGUGGCCUUCAGUUAUAUAUUAAGCGUAUUAAUUUUGCACUG